AUGGAGCAAACGGACAAUUGCAAUGGCGUGUCCGCGUUCUUAUCUACUUUAGCGGGCAACAUUCUUCUUACAACAGCGUGGCUAGACGAUAGUAGUGGCUCAUCGUCGUUAAGUUUGAAGCAGAAGCUUUCUCGAAUCUAUUCAGAUGGAAACGAUAAAAGGGCCAAGCGCACACUAAGGAAAUAUAGAACGAGGUAUCACCAUCGCCCUCGCGAAAGGGAUUUGAAACGUCACGAGACAGUGGUUCAUGGAGGCAUCGUGUGUUUCCGCGCACUCACUGUGUAUCUAUCUGUGGAUCAAUGUAUUAUUGUCGUAUAA